CCCAUGGCAACGGUGCCCCGCAACAUCCACCACAACCCUCCUUUUGGAGCUUACAAACUUGCCAGACUCACUUACACCUCAGGCUGCAAGUUCACCUAAUAAUUGUAUUUUUAAGGCGAGGAGCUGGCAACUGACUUUGAAUCAAAGGAUUUCAUUUCAUUCCUGCCGCCGCUCGCCGGAGCAAACACCCAGUACAAAGAAGGAAAACAAAAUGCAUGCCUCCGCCUUCGUCCACCGGAAUUAUAUCCACCAUCCUCCCAUUUUCUCCUCAUGCCGCCGCGUCUGCUUUGCAUCUCGCCUGAGAUCCACCAUCCGCAUGUCCCUAAAGGAGGAUGGCCCCUCAGUCGCCGUCGUUGGUGUCACUGGAGCUGUCGGCCAGGAAUUCCUACAAGUGCUCUCCGACCGCGAUUUUCCCUACCGAAGCAUAAGCAUGCUUGCCAGCAGGCGCUCUGCCGGUCAUCAUCUUAGCUUUGAGGGCCGGGAGUACGAGAUCGAAGAAUUAGUACCGGAGAGCUUCGAUGAUGUUGACAUUGCACUCUUCAGCGCUGGCGGAUCCGUCAGUCGCGAUAUGGCUCCUAUUGCCGUCCAGCGCGGCGCGUUCGUUGUGGACAAUAGUUCUGCUUUCCGGAUGGAUCCCAGAGUUCCUCUGGUUAUUCCGGAGGUGAAUCCGGAUGCAAUGGCGCAUAUUAGUCUUAGGAAGAGAGGAAAGGAGGGGGCGAUAAUUGCUAAUCCGAAUUGCUCGACGAUUAUCUGCCUGAUGGCGGCAACACCACUUCAUCGCCAUGCAAAGGUGGUACGCAUGGUGGUGAGCACAUAUCAAGCAGCCAGUGGUGCAGGUGCCGCUGCAAUGGAAGAGCUUAAGCUGCAGACUCGUGAGGUAUUGGAUGGCAAGCAGCCCACUUGUAAAAUAUUUAAACAGCAGUAUGCAUUUAAUCUAUUCUCUCAUAAUGCACCAAUUCUCUCAAAUGGAUACAAUGAGGAGGAAAUGAAGUUAGUGAAGGAAACAAGAAAAAUAUGGGAUGACUUGAGUGUGAAGGUGACAGCUACUUGCAUAAGGGUUCCUGUCAUGCGUGCACAUGCUGAAAGUAUUAAUCUUCAGUUUGAAAAGUCAAUGGACGAGGCUACUGCAAGGCAAAUUCUUGAAGAAGCUGCUGGGUUGGUGGUUAUAGAUGACCGUAGUUCUAAUCUUUUCCCCACGCCGCUUGAGGUAUCAAACAAGGAUGAUGUUGCAGUAGGUCGAAUUCGGCAGGAUUUGUCUCAAGAGGGCAACCAUGGGUUGGACAUAUUUGUCUGUGGAGAUCAAAUACGAAAAGGGGCAGCACUUAAUGCUGUACAGAUUGCAGAGAAACUGCUAUGAUCAGUAUGUUGUUUCUCAAAUUUCCUUUGAUGACAAUGCAAGGGAAUGUAGUUCUAUUUGCUUAUUGUUGUAAUUUGCAUUAUUAUUAUUAUUAUUAUUUUUUUUUUUUUUUGGCUAGAAAAUUUUGCUUCCUACAGUAUAUGUAUUGUGUACCGGAAUGCAUUUAUAUUGUUUUUCUUAAGAGAAUUA